CCCACCACACACAAAAGCCGUUUUUAUUUGUGUGUGUGUUGCACCCCUUCCCCCAGCGCGGGGGCGCGCACGCGUGUUGAAGUGCGCGGGAAUGAGUGACGCGUGAACGCGCGUCGCAGGAGGAGGGGGUCGGGCCGCAGGAAACAAACCCACAGCUAAAGAGUUUUUAAUGUCCGCCAUGUUGGCCAUGGCGCACUGAACCAGGGAGACAGAGCGGCGCUACGGCAAAAUCACACCGAGAGAGAGCGACCGAGCCCCGGGCCUUUUCGGCUCCGUUCUUCUCGCUGGACGCGUAUUUUUCAAACCAAUCCGAAGACUGACUCCGAAGACCGACACAGAUUCCUCAAUGAGAGCUCUAACAGUGUCAUUUGGGAAUCUAAAGGGACAUUAUAUGUUUAUGUUGCGUCUUUCGAUAUAAAAAUGAGUAAAUUGUCGUUUCGGGCGCGGGCGCUGGACGCUACCAAGCCCCUACCCGUCUUCCGCUGCGAGGAUUUACCAGACCUGCACGAAUAUGCCUCUAUCAACCGAGCUGUGCCGCAGAUGCCGACGGGGAUGGAAAAGGAGGAGGAAUCGGAGCACCAUCUCCAGCGAGCUAUCUCAGCACAGCAGGUGUACGGGGAGAAGAGGGACAACAUGGUGAUUCCCGUGCCCGAAGCAGAGAGCAACAUCUCCUACUACGAAUCGCUGUACCCCGGCGAUUUCAAGAUGCCAAAGCAGCUCAUUCACAUACAGCCUUUCAGUCUGGAUGCAGAGCAGCCGGAUUAUGACCUGGACUCUGAGGAUGAGGCAUUUGUGAACAGGCUGAAGAAAAAAAUGGAGGUGGGGGUGCUGCAGUUCGAGCAAAUGAUUGACCGGCUAGAGAAAGGCAGUGGCCAGCAGCUGGUGACUUUGCAGGAAGCGAAGCUCUUGCUUAAGGAGGAUGAUGAGUUGAUCAGGGAGGUGUUUGAGUACUGGAGCAGAAAGAGGAAAUCGUGUAAAACUGGAUCACUUGCGCCAGUAGUCAAGCAGGAGAAGAGAGAUUGCUCCAGCACCAGUGACCCCUAUGUGGCCUUUAGGCGCAGGACCGAGAAAAUGCAGACCAGAAAGAACCGUAAGAAUGACGAAGCAUCAUAUGAGAAGAUGCUGAAACUGAGGAGAGAUUUGAGUAGGGCCGUCACCAUUCUGGAAAUGAUCAAGAAACGUGAGAAAAGCAAACGAGAGCUGCUGCACCUCACACUGGAGAUCGUGGAGAAGAGGAACAGCAUGCCUGACUUUGGUGCUGAUGUCAUGGCGGAGGCACUGGCCAUGGCCAAGCCCAUUUACAAGAUUCCCAUCAUUCCCCUACCCAGCAGCAGCCAGUACCGCCACCAGGACCAUGUUGAGCUCAAGGACUAUAGGACUAAGCCCGAGAAGACUGAGGUGGUCCGGACAAAGAGGAAGUAUGAGAAAAAGCCCAAGAUCCAGCCAUUCUCCACUCCCCAGCAGUCUGGCUCCCACCUAUUCAACCUUAAAGACCUCAACCAAUACGACUUUCCCAGCUCAGAUGAAGAUCCUUUCUCACAGAUGCAUUCUGGGUCAUCAGAGGCUGAGGAAGAGAAUGACCCUGACGGACCUUUUGCUUUCAGAAGGAAAGCAGGCUGUGUUUACCACUCUGCUCGUUUGGAUCAGAGGGGAGGCUGGCCAUGGUGUAGUGAGGCUGAGGGUGGGUCAUGUGAUCCACGAUUCCGAUAUUCUCUCACCAGCCUUCCAGCACCACGCUGUUGUCUGGGGUUGGCACGACGUCGAGUGGGACGAGGUGGCAGAGUGCUCCUGGACCGGGCCCACUCGGAUCUUGACAGCAUUUUCCACAGUCUAGAUUCCCACAUAGAGGAGGAUUUGGCAGCUUCUGCUUCUCCUCCUCUCUCAGAGAGCUCCUCUUACAACAGCACCUCCUUCCCCACCUCGUCAACACAGACUUCUACUUCCUCACCUGACCUGAGGCAAAUCCUACAAAACAUUAAGACCUGCCGCUGGAGACACUUUAAACCACGGACACUAAAAAGCCAAUCAGACACAAGGGGUGGCAUGUCCCACUGUGGUCUCAAAGGCUUCAGUCGCUCCUUAACCACAGCGUUAGGAUCAGGCAUUAACACACCAAACAGAGGAGCUGCUACUAUAAAUUCUUCAAUGGUGUUCACAGCAGAACAGUUCCAAGAGCACCAGGAACAGCUGGCUCUCAUGCAGAAACAACAGCUGGAACAGAUCCAACAGCAGGCCAGCGAUGUCUCCAACAGCACACAGUCUCUAGUUUCUGCAUCUAAGACGCUGGAUUCAGCCAGUGCCCAGUUUGCAGCCUCUGCUCUGGUCACCUCUGAUCAGCUGUUGACCCUAAAAGUCAAAGAGGAUGGUGUUGUAGGAAGUGGAGUCAAUGGCAUCCUCCAGGCCUCAGGAGUUUACAAGGGCUUACAACACUCUGCUACAUCUCCUUCAAUGCUCACAAGCCCGUCACCAGUGACUUUGACCUCUGCCCCUGCUAGCUUACCUGCUUCUAACAGUACGAACUCCACCACCACUUCCAUCCACAAUACACACAAUCCGCUCAGCAAUCAUGGGAACAGUACUGCAAACUCCACCCCUCAGCUUCUGAUUGGCAACAAUCUGCGUCUGAGUGUUGCCACGCCCCAGAUCGCCAGCCUCAACUCUCGCCAUCUGCCCAGAAGUCUCGGUGGCAUGCCACCUGCUGCCUUAAAACUCGCAGCCGCUGCUAGCAAUUGUCAACUUCCCAAAGUCACCACUGGGGAGAAUCAUGAGCAAGAAAAGCAGUCCAUCAACAGUAUAGCGGAAAACACAGUUGCUAUGGAGGUGACGUAGUAACCGUUGCCUGGGCGAUCUUUUCCCUGCCCACUACAUUCUUUUGGUGCUGUGCACCAAUCACUUUUGGGAAUGCAAAGAGACAGCUGGUUUCCACAGCAACUGUCAGGCCUUGACAGCAAAUCUCAUCUUUUUUCCCCUUUUUAAUAUAUAUUCAUUAUUGUUAGAGAAAAUUCAUAUGUAAAUUAUGAAUAUGGCAAAUAUUCAAUGUACAGUAACUGCAUAUUUGUAUUAAAAAAAAAAUCCCUCCUCCACCCCACCAAAAUCUUGUAUAUAUGUUACUUGAAUCCAGAUUUGUUCAUUUGUGAUGUUUUGCACUUGGGAAAUACAGAAAUUAAAAAAAAAAUUGAAAAAAAAGCAGAAGGGGAGAAAAAAAUAAUGCUGAGAGUGAGCGUGAGCCGUGUUGCGGGCGAGAGUACUGAGUCAUUGCAUUGUGCAUGGUGAGGAAACCUGCUGUUUUACCUAUUUAUUGUGCUGUGUUUACACUUUUCUUUUUCCAUGAACACUGUACCAUCAUUUGUUCCCUUGUUGUAGGUGUUUGGGUAGCUACAGUUGUGUGUCGGUUGUAUUUUUUCUUUUUUUUUUUUUUUGGUUCUUCUUUUAAAACCUUGUGAACAGCAUCAGGUUCUUCAUUCUCUAUUUCUGAUGGGUCUUUGCAAAUCAUAUGAGUGCAACUUUUUUUUUUUUUUUUUUUUAUGUAUCCUGUUGUCUUUUUAAAUAUCCCCCUUUAUUUGUGUUCAGUUUCCUGUUGGUUUUGUUUAGAAUGGGCUUUGGAGUAUGUCACUCAGAGGGUUUGGGAAUGGUGGGUGGGGUGGUGUGUAGGAAUCUUCCAUUUAAUUAAUAAUCCCAAAACAAGUGAUAGACAGGUCAUGAAGUCUUCACUCGGAAGCAUCUGUGGCUUCCACCUCAACUAAGCACUGUUUUGUUCUUUUGUUUUUUGUUGAUGUAAGUAACGAUUAUUGCUGCUUUUGUAUAAUUUCAGUUCUUUUUUCAUACUCUGAAAUAUAUCUUCCCCCUCCCUUAAUAGUUUCUUUGUAUAAGAGACAAUUAUUUUUGUAUCUUUUUUUUUUUGUGUGUGUGUGUAUUUUUGUUUCUGUUCUUGUGGUGAAGCGACUUUGUGCUUCGCAUGGUGGAAGACUUUGUCCUUGUCAGUACCCUUCACUGAUGAGCGAAUGCCGAUGACUGUCCAUUCUUACUGUGCCCGUGUCAUUAUUUCAGCUAAACGGCACGUGAGAUACAGGAGCAGGAGGAGUCAUCCAGCUCCAAUCUCCAACAGACUCCAGACUAUUUCAUUUCCUAAAACCACAAGUUAAAAAGGUGUGCCUUCCUUUGGGAAUAUGCUUCUUCAUCUCUUCCAUGAAGAGGAUGGCUCUUGGGCAAGGCUGCAGUUCUGUGGUCCUGUGUUGUCCAGAGCCCAGAUCUCCAAUACUCAAUCCACUGGCUGAACUGAACCACCAUCUAGUCCAACCUGGUGGCUGACAGAAUUAAACUAUUGAAAAAAAAAAAAUCAUAUUGAAAAUCAAGAGGGGAAAAGAUGAGACCAUUCACACAGAAAUCUGAUAAUAAAGCCCAGGUUAUUAUAUGUGAUAAAA